AUGACCACCUCGUUUGGCGACGUUCAAAUCAUUUUCGGCGACCCGAGACAACCAAAGGCGUUGCCUCUGAGUCAUCCAAAGGCCAGAUUUGGCGAGUUUGGAACUUUGACAAAGGUGUUGCCCAAGGGACACAGGGUCAAGAGUGAUUCGCUUCCCCUGCCUUGCGAUAUCCUAUUUGAGCGAGACAUUCCAGUCAAGCUCCGGGACGGCACUCAAAUAUACGUGGAUGUAUAUCGCCCCCACAAUUCGCCAACCACUUGUCCAGCACUGGUCGCAUGGUCACCAUACGGCAAACAGGGCGGCCGGGGUAACCAGGUUCUGGACGAUUUUCCCUUUCGCAUGGGUGUACCCCAACAUAAGCUUUCAGAAUUACAAAAGUGGGAAGGCCCAGAUCCUGGGUACUGGGUCCAACACGGCUACGCAAUUGUGAACCCGGAUCCACGUGGGGUCGGCAAGAGUUCGGGCAACAUUUACCAGUUUGGGUCCCAGGAGGGUCGAGAUGGUGCCGAUGUUGUCGACUGGAUUGGCGAGCAAGAAUGGUGCUCGGGCAAAGUUGGAUUGAGCGGCAAUUCUUACCUUGCCAUCUCUCAGUGGUAUAUCGCUGCCGAACGACCAAAGCACCUUGCUGCUAUUGCUCCAUGGGAGGGUUUUACCGACCUCUACAAGGAAGGCAACAGGGGUGGUGUGGAGAGUGUUCCUGCAAGUAACUUUACCUUGAAGCUUCUUCAAGUCAACUUUGGCGAACAGUCUUGGGAGAAUACGGUAGCCAUGGGCCUGGAGCACAAGAUACAUGGUCCCUACCAUGAUGACAAGAAAGCUCGAGUAGAGAACAUAAAUGUUCCCGCAUACGUGGUUGCAAGCUGGUCGAACCCGAUUCAUACAUAUGGGACAUUUUGCGGAUAUCACAGGCUCAAGACUGACAAGUGGCUUAGAAUCCACGAUGCAUGGGAAUGGCCAGACUAUUACGAAGACGAAAACAUUGCAGACUUGCAUCGCUUCUUUGAUCGUUUCCUCAAGGGUUUGGAUAACGGCUGGGAACAAACACCCCGUUGUCGCUAUAAAGUUCUUGACACCGCCAUGCCGACUCCUAAACGCAUUUCGUAUUCAGAGUCCAACUCAUUCCCGAUUGAAUCAACAAAGCCAUUGAAACUCUUUCUGAAUGGCAAGAGCCACAAGCUGGACGCAGUAAAACCGGCACCCCAUCAACGGCAGUACGCUGCUUCCACCGAGCACGUCCGAUUCACUUACACUUUUGAAUCCGACACAAUUCUCUGUGGGCCUUUGGAACUAUUUUUAAAAGUUUCUGUCACUGGCAACGACGACUCGGACAUUUUUGUCGCGUGCGCGAAAAUCUGCCCCAGCGGCACGGCGAGGAAACAGCUCGUGGUGCCGUAUGAGAAAUGGUACCAGAGCCGCGUCAUUCGCGGGGCGUACAACCUGGGCCUGGCUCCGGACGCGGGAGCCCUCUUCUACGCCGGGCCCACGGGCCAACUGCGCCUCUCUCGUCGCCAACAGAUGCCUGACCACCAAGUCCCUGGGUUUCCCACGUUUCGUAUGGAUAAGUACGCACCGCUGCCGCCAAACCAAGUGGUGCCCAUCCAGAUUCCCAUGACGCCCAUCGGUAUGCGCUUCUCUCGGGGAGAGACUCUGGAGAUUCGUGUCAGCGGCACAAAUUCCGCAGUCUUUCCGCCCGUGGAUCAGGCCACUCUUGACGUCCAAGGUUUGACCGAUGUGAAUGAACAUGCUGUCAUCACUCUACAUCUUGGUGAGGAAAGUCAUGUUUCAUUGCCCGUGAUACCCUCUGCCUCUUUGGGGUAA